AUCACUUUAGGGUGCAUGAAAAGGGAGGGCGUUCAGGUUUGAUUCUUCUUGCGAACAGCUCUCUUCACUCCCUUCUUGGGGGCAGGUCUGCACCUCAUCAGAAUUGAUGAUCCUAGCAAGAUCGGCAUUGGCCAUCUUUGGCCUUGGCAAGACAUAACCCUUCUUCGCCAGAGAAGGCUUAUCAAAAGACCCAUAAAUCUCAUCCAGUUUCUCGAAUGCAGACUUCGUCCAGAUUAUAAAGCGUCCAAGAUGGCCACCAGGAGCAAGCCUAAGAAUGUUCAGACGGCUAACAUGACAGAUAUCUAUCCCGGGAAUGUUAAGGAAGGCCCUCACCAGCCUAGCACCCUCAGUAGCAUAAACAAUCAAAGGCCCCUUGCGAGAUAUGUAGCGGGCACAGUCUCGAUCCGAUGUCCACGAGCAGCAACGAGGGAAGGAACAGCGGAGGCAGCUAUGGCUGAAGCCGUGGCGAGCCUCUUCUGAUUCGCGGGGAUCCUACGGUGCCACCGGCGCCAGAUCUUGGUGGGGGCGAACAUUCUCCCACCACGACACAUGUUCCCGAACGCACCCUGUCCGGCACGCCGAGUACCGCCACCGCGAACGCGGGGGGUACGGGACGCGGCGCGGCCGGUACCCCAUGACCCGGCGGAGGUCUGGUGGCCCGCCUUCGACGACACGGCGUAGGGCUGGCGGGAAUUUUUGGAAACGUUGGAGUGGACGAAGGUGACCACGUCGGGGCGGAUCGGAGCCUUCAUCACAUUCGCCAGAGGGACUGAAAUGCCGGCGGAUCCAUCGGUGGCCAUGUCAUUUUCAAGGGGCUGAACGGAAACGAGAGGGCGUGCGGCGGCGAUGGCCAUUGCUAAGGGGGGAAGCUGAGUGGCCAGAUCCUUCGUUGUACCCUUUGGGAUUCUUAUGUGGAUAAAAUGAUGGAUUUUGUGAAUCAAAAGCCGAGUCAUCC